AUGUGGCCUAUCGUAACACAACUUUUAUUGUACAUUUUCUUCUGCUGGGCAGAGGAUGGAAAAAGAUAUGGGCCAGUUUUUGAAGAGCAGCCAAUUGACACCAUUCAUCCAGAAGAAUCUCCUGAUGGCAAACUUUCAAUGAACUGCAGAGCCAGAGCAAAUCCAACUCCAGUAUAUAAGUGGAGACUAAAUAAUUGGGACAUUGAUCUUCUAAAUCCACGUUACAGUAUGAUUGGAGGUAAUCUCGUGAUUAACAAUCCAGAAAAAAACAAGAGACACUGGAAAAUAUGUCUGUAUAGUGACCAAUGAAUAUGGAACAAUCAGAAGCCAUGAAGCCAGCCUCAACUUUGGAUAUCUUGAUCCUUUCCCUCCUGAGGAGCGCCCAGAAGUAAAAGUGAAGGAAGGCACAGGAGUGACGCUGAUUUGUGACCCUCCUCCACACUUCCCAGAUGACCUUAAUUACAGAUGGAUCCUAAAUGAAUUUCCAAAUUUUAUUAAUGUGGAUAAACGCAGAUUUGUUACCCAGGCAAAUGGAAAUUUGUAUAUAGCAAAAGUAGAACAGUCAGACAAAGGAAAUUACUCCUGUUUUGUAUCCAGUCCUUCAAUCACAAAAAGUGUCUUUAGCAAAUAUACUUCACUUUUGCCCCAGGCAGAAUCCGCAAAACGCUAUGCCGCAGAUAUUCAAGUUAGAUUCUCAGAUAUUUAUGCUCUGAAGGAACAAAAUGUGACACUGGAGUGUUUUGCUUUGGGAAACCCUGUACCUGUAAUCAGAUGGCGUAAGCUGAAUGAAGCAAUGCCUGCCACAGCUGAAAUUAGUCAGUCGGGUGCUGUGCUUAAAAUUUAUAACAUCCAACCAGAAGAUGAAGGGACUUAUGAAUGUGAGGCUGAGAACAUUAAGGAGAAAGACACACACAGGGCAUAUGUUCAUGUACAAGCUGCACCUGAGUGGGUGGAACAUAUAAAUGAUACAGAAAGGGAUAUAGGUAGUGACCUGCUUUGGCCCUGUAUUGCCAAGGGGAAGCCAGUUCCUUCCAUUAGAUGGCUGAAAAAUGGGGAAGCGUAUGGUAAAGGUGAACUGAAAAUCCGAGGCUUAACCAUGUUCCAUGCUGGAAUGUACCAGUGUAUAGCAGAAAAUCACUAUGGAGUCAUUCAAGCAAAUGCUGAACUGAAGAUCCUUGCUUUAGCACCAACAUUUGAAUUUAAUCCUAUGAGAAAGAAGAUUUUAGCUGCAAAAGGUGGUCGUGUCAUUAUAGAAUGCAAACCAAAGGCUGCUCCAAAACCUAAAUAUUCAUGGAGUAAGGGAACAGAAUUGCUCAUAAACAACAGCAGGAUAUCAAUCUGGGAUGAUGGCAGUCUGGAAAUCAUUAAUGUAACAAUUCUUGAUGAGGGAAGCUAUACUUGCUUUGCGGAGAAUGAUAGAGGAAAAGCUAAUAAUACCGGAAUGCUGUCUGUUACGGCCGCCACAAAGAUCACUCUUGCACCAUCCAAUGCUGAUGUGACUGUUGGGGAGAAUGCAUCCAUGCAGUGCCAUGCAUCUCAUGAUCCUGCUCUGGACCUCACUUUUAUCUGGUUUCUAAAUGGCUUUGUGAUUGAAUUUGAUGAUGACAGCAACCACUAUGAAAGACAUGUGAGGAGUGAUGUUGGUAGUGAGCUCCUUAUCAAAAAUGCACAACUCAAACAUGCUGGAAGAUAUACUUGUAUUGCACAGACCAUUGUGGACAACUCUUCUGCUUCAGCUGACCUAGUAGUCAGAGGUCCUCCAGGUCCUCCUGGUGGUGUUAGGGCAGAAGAAAUAAAAGACACAUCUGUGAAACUUACAUGGAGUAGUGGAACAGACAAUCACCAGCCAAUUUCUAAAUAUACUAUUCAAGCUAGGAGUUCAUUGUCAGAUGAAUGGAAGGAUGUGAAAACAGAGAUUCCUAAUAUUGAAGGAAACAUGGAGGCAGCGAGGGUAAUAGACUUAAUUCCAUGGAUGGAUUAUGAAUUUCGUGUAAUAGCAACCAAUACAUUAGGAAUUGGUGAGCCUAGUUUGCCAUCACCAAAAAUUAAAACAUACGGAGCUGCUCCAAAAUAUGCUCCUUCAGAUGUUGGGGGCGGAGGUGGAACUAAUCGAGAGCUUACAGUGACAUGGACACCUUUAGCAAGUGAAUAUCAUUAUGGUGAUGGAUUUGGAUACAUUGUUGCAUUUAAACCAUUUACUGAAAGAGAAUGGAGAAAAGUAACAGUUACCAACCCUGAGAGUGGUCGAUAUGUUCACAAAGAUGAUACUAUUACUCCAGCUACACAGUUUCAAGUAAAGGUUCAAGCCUUCAAUAGAUGGGGAGAAGGUCCAUUCAGUAGCACUGCUACCAUUUACUCUGCAGAUGAAGCACCCACAGAAUACCCUACAGGUAUGAGGGCAGUAGUGCUGUCCUCCUCUGAAGCCAGUGUGUCUUGGCAGCCAGUGAUUGGACAAACUGUCACAGGUUACCAGGUCCGGUACUGGCGCACUCAAGACAAAGAAGCAGCAGCCCACAGACUACAAGUUGAAAACUUAGAAACCAUCAAACUGGAAGGAUUAAUGGCCAAUACUCGCUACAGACUAGAUGUUUGUGCAUUCAACAGUGCAGGGGAUGGCCCUAAAAGUCCUACUACCGAAUUUGAGACUAAGAAAGCACCUCCUAGUCAGAUACCUCGAAUCAUUAGUGCUGUGAAGUCUGGAUCUCAGUAUAUUAUCACUUGGGAACAUGUGACACCAUUGUCCAAUGAAUCUGCUGUCAAUGGAUAUAAAGUUUUGUAUAGGCCAAAUGGACAAAAUGAUGGUAAACUGUAUUCAACCGGGCACCAUUCAGUAGAGCUGCCAGUUCUAAAGGAAGGAGACUAUAUUGUGGAAGUGCGGGCCCACAGUGAAGGAGGAGAUGGUGCUGUAGCUUCCAUCAAGCUGUCUACUAGUAAGAUUUUCCUUUCCUAA